GGGGCACUGGUGUUUUGUUCGGCCUUUGGUCUGCAACCCGGCUGAAUGGGACGAUAGUGUGGAGAGCUGGAGGAUUCCUUUGGAGGCCGAGAGCUCUGGCCUCCAUCCUGCUAGAGGCACUGUCCGCCACCCUGUGGCCCUCCGGCCUCACCAUCUGGCGGGGGUCGUGGUGGGGGUCCUGGUGGAGGGAGUGUGACCAUCUGGUCUCCAUCGGGGUCAAGGGUGUGGCCGGGAGCCAGGACUCCACGGUGGCAGGAGAGGAACCCAGCAACAGCCGGGCCUAGCACCAAGAGUCCAGCCUGUACGUGGGGGUGUCCCGGCUGGCCUCUCCAAGUCGGCCAGCCCAGGGGCGGCAGGCGACAAAGCCACGGGUGCCUCGGUGCGGUCCCGCCAUGUCCGACUACGAGAACGAGGACGAGUGCUGGAACGCCCUGGAGGGCUUCCGGGUGAAGCUCAUCUCUGUCAUCGACCCCUCGCGCAUCACGCCCUACCUGAGACAGUGCAAGGUGCUGCACCCCGACGACGAGGAGCAGGUGCUGAGUGACCCCAACCUGGUCAUCCGCAAGCGCAAAGUGGGCGUGCUCCUGGAUAUCCUGCAGCGGACGGGCCACAAGGGCUACGUGGCCUUCCUCGAGAGCCUGGAGCUGUACUACCCACAGCUCUACAGGAAGGUCACGGGCAAGGAGCCCACUCGGGUCUUCUCCAUGAUCAUAGACGCCUCGGGGGAGUCGGGCCUGACACAGCUGCUGAUGACGGAGGUGAUGAAGCUGCAGAAGAAGGUGCAGGACCUGACGGCGCUGCUGAGCUCGAAGGACGACUUCAUCAAGGAGCUGCGGGUGAAGGACAGCCUGCUGCGCAAGCACCAGGAGCGCGUGCAGCGGCUCAAGGAGGAGGCCGAGGCCGGCGCGCGCGAGCUCAAGCGCUGCAAGGACGAGAACUACGACCUGGCGCUGCGCCUGGCGCGGCUCAGCGAGGAGAAGGGCGCGGCGCUCAUGCGCAACCGCGACCUGCAGCUGGAGAUCGACCGGCUGCGGCACAGCCUCAUGAAGGCAGAGGAUGACUGCAAGGUGGAGCGCAAGCACACGCUGAAGCUCCGGCACGCCAUGGAGCAGCGGCCCAGCCAGGAGCUGCUGUGGGAGCUGCAGCAGGAGAAGGCGCUGCUGCAGGCGCGGGUGCAGGAGCUGGAGGCUGCUGUGCAGGUGGGGAACCGCGACAAGAGCAGCCCCUACAUCCAGGUGCUGGAGGAGGACUGGCGGCAGGCACUGCGGGACCACCAGGAGCAGGCCGGCACCAUCCUCUCCCUGCGCAAAGACCUGCGCCUGGGAGAGGCCCUGCGGGCCCGGUGCCUAGAGGAGAAGGAGAUGUUGGAACUGCAGUGCCUGGCCCUGCGCAAAGACUCCAACAUAUACAAGGAGCGCAUCGAGGCCAUCCUGCAGCAGAUGGAGGAGGUGGCCAUCGAGCGGGACCAGGCCAUCGCGUCGCGGGAGGAGCUGCACACGCAGUGCGCCCGGGGCCUGCAGGAGAAGGAUGGGCUCCGCAAGCAGGUCCGGGAGCUGGGCGAGAAGGCCGACGAGCUGCAGCUGCAGUUGUUCCAGUGCGAGGGCCAGCUGCUGGCGGCUGAGGGCAGGCUCAAGCGGCAGCAGCUGGAGACGCUUGUCCUGAGCUCCGACCUGGAGGACAGCUCACCCAGGAGCUCCCAGGAGCUCUCACUCCCGAGGGGCCUGGAGGAGGACACCCGGCUCUCGGACAAAGGUGGCACGGCUGAGGGGGAGAGCCUGGAGCAGCCCUUGGUGGCUCUGCAGAAGGAUCGGCUUUUGCUGGCCCCCAACCGCCAGGAGCCAGGGAGCCUGACUUCCCUCCUCCUCCAGGACGCCGGCCGGAGCAGCAGGGAUCCCCCGGGGAAGGAGAAGGAGCGCAGGCGCCUCAAGGAGAGCUUUGAGAACUACCGCAGGAAGCGGGCGCUUAGGAAAAUGCAGAACGGCGCGCGGCAGGGGGAGGUGGACUGGGAGAACACGACGGGCAGCGACAACACGGACACCGAAGGCCCCUAGCCGCCGCCCCGCACGCCGCCCGGAGCGGUCCCCGGCCUGCCCCGACCUGGCCGCAGCCACGGGCGUGCCGUCCCCGAGAGCCCCACGCGCACGCCGCGAGGGCAGCUGGACUUACGUGACCCUUUUUGCAACAUGAUACAAUGCGGGCCAUUUUCAUGUCAGUGCGUGUCUGUGUCAGUAAAAAGGGCGGCUUCUGUUUUA